GCUUUUCAGUAGGCCUAUAUUAAAGACAUGUUGAUUAGUUAUAAACCUGAGGAAAAGCCACGUGGUUCAAAACAUCACAAAAUAAUAAUAAUAAAAAUUGUGAAUGGGAGCUAUCUGGUGUGUGGAUCAUCUCUUAUCCUCUUGUGAUACUCUCAUACUGGAUCAUGCACUCAUCCAACUUUGGCCUGGGAUGUUUGUGACUGUAGAGGAAUUAUUAUUAUCAUUGUAUAAAACACUUGUGUAAGUAGAGAUAUAAAUCACCUCUGUAAGCAAAAAUAUUAUGCUGAUCGUCGGAAGUUGAAGACUGUGCACAGCCCGCGGUCCGGGACCGUGGAAAGCCCAGUACGGUGAAUUCCGUGCUGGCCAACCGACGGCGACCAGGCCCUGGACUGGAUUGACGGGAUCCGAAUAGCAACAGAGCAGAACCAUAACAGCGACCCUAAAGUGAAACCAGGAGACUGGGUGUUCAUCAAAGUCAUAAAGCGGAAAUCUUGGGCGGAACCUCGUUGGCAGGGGCCACACCAGGUUGUUCUAGCCACUCCUACUGCAGUGAAGGUGCGCGGCCGAAUCUCUUGGACACACAUCUCGCAUUGUAAGGUACGGGACAUUCCAGCUGCAGAGUCAACCGCUGUGGAGAGGAAAUCUGACUACAAAGGGGUCUAGAGGUAUAGAAUCUAGUCGUCUCAACGUCAGUGUUUUUACAGAGCCUCCACGGUUUAGUGACGAUGCCUGGGGGUCACGGGCCUUUGAUGUGGAGGUUGGUCCUCGGAGGGGUUUUUGCCCUCACCUUACUGAGACUGUUGCUACAAGGACUGAACAAUGACUUUUUCGUGAGAGACAAAGGAAGCCAAUACAGAAGAUGGAAAAGAUGGGUUUUGUCUGAAGAUCUGCAUACCUACAACAUAACACAUGUGUAUCAUUUGAAUUCGUGGUAUCGCUAUGCUCAAAUGUUAGCUGAUUUGAAUAAUGUGUCUGACUGUUAUGUAUGUUCUAUGAUGCCAAUAUCUGCUUCUCAUCCCCGUUUAACAGUCGCCAAAAUCCCUCAUAAACAGAGUGCGUGUGUAGGUGAACGGACGUCUAUCGAACAAGAUGUUUUUAGCAUUUAUAAUACAUCCCACAUGACAAUUCAUGACAAUGGCACUACUUCUAUCAGUAAACCCUGUGCGGUGACAUACCCUUUGAAGUACAUAAAGUCUAACGUAACAUUGACCCCUUAUGCCACUGUUAGACCUAGAACAAUAUUCCCGCUGUGUUUCUUCAGAAAUGGUUCAGUGCCUGUGGGGAGUUUGCCUCUCUAUAGGUGUCGUCAGACAGCGGUUCCUAUGGAAAUGUGCGUGAUGCAAGGUCAAAAGAAAAGUAGAAGUUUUAAUGAAGGUGGUGAUAUCUGUCCAUGGCCCAACCCUAGAAAUAAGACCAGGUGCAGGUGUUGGAGUGACUAUGUUUUGCCUAGUCCUGAUGGUACGACCCCAUUAGACGGUAUCUAUUGGAUGUGUGGCCACAAAGUCUACCUAAAUCUUCCAUCCAAGUGGGUAGGAAUUUGUGCUCCGGUGCGUCUGACUGACCACACUUACAUUAUAACUCAGACUACCCACCACCGUCGCAACCGCAGAUUUGUAGUAGAUGUGAAACCACAUGAUCCUAUUUGGGGAAAGGAUGUCCCUGAUGAACAUAAGUUGUGGUCUGCUAGUCAUAAAAUAAGGUUAAGUCUGUUCCCCUGGGUAGGGGUUGGGAAGUUACUGUUAAGAAUGGAAACACAAGAAUACAGAAUUGGAUUGUUUGUAAAUUCAUCUAUUAAGGUAGAUGAGAAACAAAAUGUUGAAAUAUCUGCUAUGCGUUUAAUGUUGAUACAAAAUAGAUUGGUGCUUGACCUAAUGGCAGCUGCAGAAGGAGGUGUUUGUGCAAUGCUGAAUGAUACAUGCUGUACAUACAUUCCGGAUGAGGCGAACAGUCAUGAUGUUACUGAAGCUUUGCACCAAAUGAAAAAUGUACAACAAGCAAUGAUUACUGAUACGGUUAACCAAGGAUGGAAUCCUCUUUUCAUGGUUUAG